CGCUGUGUCUGGGCUUUGCUGGCCUUAUGGAUGUGCCUCCUGGUCGCCAGGGUCUCCACUGAGUCCAUGAUCGAGGUGGACGAGAACGGUGAUGAGUACGAGCUGAAGCGAUUCUACAUCCAGGGUCGUCAACUGAGUGGCGAUGGCAGCCAGUCGCAGUGUGUGGUCACGAGGAGGAAGCGUUCGGGUCGUGCCCUCCAGGCUGGGGCAAGUGUAUCGGUUAGUUCGCAGCCCCUGAAGGUGGAGAGCCUGCCCCUGAAGGAGCAUCGUGAGGGAGGAUCUGUUCUGCAGGAGGUGGAGAAUAGCAAUAAGCGUUAUGUGGCCCUGACGGGCGUGCAUUUGGAGUCUCUGCUGCCCAAUGACAAUGAUGAUCAAGACGACAUCGACGACGAGGAGGAAGAGGAAGUUGAUGAUGAUGAGCACAAUUUGGCAGCGCAGUCCUCGAAAUCGCAGUCCAACUUUGUGCCGGCUGCCUUGGCCUUGCCCUUGCAAAGUCAAACCAGUGCGGCCCAUCUCAAUCAGGCAGUGAGUGCUGCCCAUCUCAAUCAGGGAGUCAGUGUGGUCGCCAAUGCGGCCAGUCAUGCCAAUGUGGCCGAAGAUGCUGGCAUUGUGGUGGUUCAGUCGCACCAACCUCCCAAAGUGAAUCCCGAUACCCAUGCCGUCUUCGAGUUGAAACCCAUUCAAUCGGAUGCCGAACACUCGGCGGGUGUUAGCUUCUAUCCCUUCGUCCAGCCCUGGGAGGUGGUUGACCAUCAUCCCGAAGAUGAUUACGAUGGGGAUGAUGAUUACGACGAGGAAGAGGACUUCGAUGAUUUCUACUAUGGCAAUGGUUACUAUAGGGACCAUCCCGCUGAUUUCCAUGGUCUGGGCGUUUACGAAGAGGAGAUUAUCUCCGAGGAUCAGCCAGUUACCACGAUUGCUAGUUGGGCCACCGGUGAAGAGGACGAUGGCGAUAUUCGUCCUGUUGUCAACAAGCGACCCAAUCAGAAGAACAAGAACAAGAAGAAUCAGAAGAACAAGAACAAGAACAAGAACCAGAAGAAUCAGCAAAAGAGACGUCAACAGCAAAAGAAACGCAAGCAAGAGGCUGAAGAUGUUGAAGAGCUGUCUACGAAAAAGAAGAAGCAGCCGCAGCAGCAGGAUAAAGAUCAAAAGAAGAAGCAGGAUAAGGAUCAAAAGAAGAAGAAGCCUGAGAAGAAUCAGCAGGAGAUGGAGCAACUUACCCCCGUGGAUGUGAUCAAGAAGCCAGUGGCCAUGGAUUCUACUGCAACAGUUGCUAUCGCUUCUUCUUCUGGCAGCAACAGUGUUUCUUUGACCAGUUCUUUAAGCAGCAAUUCUACAGAUCAGAAGAAAAAGAAGAAGAAGAAGCCUAGCAGCAGCAGCAGUAGCAGUAGCAGUGUUAGCCAGCGCAAGACCAAGAAAAAGAAGAAGCAGUCUAGCAGCAGCAUUUCCAGCACCAACAAGCGUCGUCGUCGUCCUAGCAGCAAUUCUUCUGGUUCUUCCAGUAGCUCCUCCAUUGGAGGCUAUCGUCGUCGUCCGCAGCAGCAGCAGCAGUCGCAACGUCGUCGCGAAACGCAGCAGCAGCAGCAGAAGCGCCGUCGCCAGCAACAACAACAAAAGAGACGCCGCCAGCAACAACAAAAGCGCCGAAGAAUUCGCAACAAGAACCGUCAAUUCUACGGUGAUGAGCCCAUCAUCAACUGCAUUUACAUCAACAAAGAUCCAGUGACAACGACGACGCCUCGUCCCUUCUGGAAUAUCCUGGGUCGCCAAUCCGAGGUUAAUCCCAGUUCGGAAUCUUCUGUAGAAUCCCAAGUCGAUCCAGUGGCUAAGCAGGCUGUUCUUCAGGCUGUGCGUCGCAACUUUGGCGAAUUCGGCGGACGAAAGCGCACCAAUUUGCGCUUCGUGUCCUAA